GCUGAACAAAAGGCACGUGAGGAAAGUGAAAGGUUAAGGCAACAAGAGCGAGAACAAAUUGCAGAGAAACGCAGGCGUGAUCUGACACUUAGAGCUCGUGUCGCUGCUAAGGCAGAAGAAAAGAAGUUGGAGCUGCUUUUUCUUCUCUGGGCUGAGCAUCAUAAGAAGCUGUCCAAUUUUGUAAGGACUGAGGCAGAACCCCCAAUAUAUUACAUGCCGGCCAAACCAUUGGUUGAUGAUCCUGCUAUUGUUGAACAGCACAAACAACAGGUUUUUCUUGAAUGGAAAUCAGCACGAAGAGCUGAGUUGUCAGAAUACCAAAAGCAAAUCGAGGAGCAGCAUAUUUCAAAUGUCGAGAAGGAGCUGGAAAGGUGGCAGAAUGCUCGGAAUGCAAGGAGAGCAAACAAUCUGGUGACUUUGCAGGAGACAAUGGACAAGGAGCUAGAGACACACAAGCUGGAACAUGGCCCCAAGACACGGAGGAUUCCAGGUGGCAAUGACGAUGAAGAGGAUGUGGAGGACAUAGCCGCUGAGGAUGAGCUAAUGGAUGAAGUCCUUGAAGUCCAUGAAAGGAUUGAUGGUGAUACAGCCAAGCUGUCUGAAACUGGUAAUACCAGUCCAAACCCUGUUGAGAUGCAGUAGGAGGGUGUAGCAACUAGGUCACACAUUUAAGGUAUUCUGUAUUUCAGUAAAAUUUAUAUUCUGUGUUUGCAUUGUGUUGACUCGUGUUUGGAGGUUGUAUUUGCUUUUUCUUUUUUGGCUUUUGAGUUUAAAAUAUUACCAGCAUCAAGUCUUACAUUGAGAUGUUAGACCCCUGCAUCUGUUGUUUUCAUAUGAGGGUCUUGAUUUGGAACUAAGUGUCACAUUGUAGUUAUUCUAUACUCAAGUAAUAUGACAUCUUGUUUGCAUUGUA